AUGGAAGCUUCAAGCGGCACAGUCGAGAGGCAAGAGGCCCCGGCAGAGGAACGGAACGAACCCAACGACGAGAAAAGCAGCAUCUUUACGGCGCAAUCGACGAUCGACGAUGACCGCUCCAGCAGGCUGACGUCGAGCGCACUCGACGAGCUGAACGCGUCGCACAUUGACAGUAGCACAUCUGUGUCGUUGAGCAUCGACACGGACAUCAGCGACGCUGACUCGGCCAUGGGAAUCGAUGCUGGCCGCGCCUCCUCGUCUGCUUCGGUGGCAUCGAGCGUGUACCGCUUCGUGGAGGAGUUUGGCAGAACAUAUCACGCAUAUAAAGAAGGAAAGCAAAGCCGCCUGGAUCUCCAACACGCCAUUGCCCUGCGCAUCUUCAACGACAAGCUCGGCCUCGCCCCCGUCUCCAAUCCUCACCGCGUCCUUGACAUCGGCACAGGCACGGGCAUCUGGGCCAUCGAGUUCGCCGACAGGAACCCGGCAUCGGAGGUCCUCGGCACGGAUCUGAGCCCCAUCCAGCCGGAAUACGUCCCGGCCAACUGCCAUUUCGAAAUCGACGACGCCGAGGACGAGUGGGCGUUUAGCCAGAAAUUCGACUACGUCCACGGCCGGUACAUGUGCACCUCCAUCUUUGACCUUCCCAAACUCUUUGGCCAGAUCUACGAGAACCUCAACCCGGGCGGCUGGGUCGAGUUCCAGGAGACCGUCAUCGACUUCAAGGCCGUGGACGGGUCGCUCGAGGGCACGGCGCUGCGGCGGUGGAACGAUCACCUGCUCGAGGGGAUUCGCAAAGCCGGACGGGACGCGCUCUCUGCCUUUGAGUACGCGCGACACAUGGCGGACGCGGGUUUUCAAAACAUCGAGCAGAAGAGGUUUGCGGUGCCGGCGUCGCCUUGGGCGAAGGGGAGGAACCAAAAGAUUUUAGGCGCCAUGCAGAUGACGAAUAACCUCGAGGGGGUGCAGGGUAUCACGAUGAAGAUAUUUUGCCAGGUGCUUGGCUGGACUCGAGAGGAUGCCGAGAUGUUGCUCAUGGAUGUGAGGAAGGAUAUGGCGGAUAAGAACAUCCACGCGUAUAUCACGGUGUGA